AUGUCGACUCGCUCAAUUUUGACAUCACUACUCGUUUUGUGGCUGAUUUUAUCGUUGGCUCGAUUGACUUUUGAUUUGAUUGGAAAAUUGUGGCUGGUUACGGUUUUCGAUUUGCUGCAGGUACGGUUUUUUGGGGAAAUUUUGAAAUUUUUUGUGAAUUGAAAAUUGUGGAGCUACUAGAAAAGCGUCAGCAAGAUUUUGAACAGAAGCUGGCGCAUUUGUGGUAGCCUGGGCUGUUUAAAAUGCGUCAAUUAGACUCUAGACGUUAGCUGACGCAUUUCUGGUAGCCUUGGCUGUAUAAAAUGCGUCAGCAAGAUUUUAAACAGUAGCUGACGCGUUUUCUGUAGCCUAAAAAUCUCAUGGCUACCAAAAAUGCGUCAAUAAACCAUUUGCUGACGCAUUUCUUGUAGCCUGAGUUGUUAGAAAGAUUUUAUGUUUUCUGACGCGUUUUUUGUAGCUCAGCUAAUUUUUUUAACAUCAAAAAAUGCCCUAUACAAAAAUUACUUGUCAAUUUUUUGAAACAGUGAAUUUUUUCCUCAAAAAAUCCGGUUUCAUUUUAUUUAUCAAUGCUCAUUGAGCUGUCAAAAAUCCAUGUUUCCUUGAUGAUUUCUCAAAAAAAUCAAUAAAUAUUUUUUGUUUGAAUUAGGAUGAGAUGCAUAAAUAAAUAGGGUGUUUAUUUAUCCUGUUUAGAAAAAGGUAUGGCAAAUAAGUAGGUACAUAUUGUGUAGGAAAAGUCUCGGGUCAUUUGAGCUAUCCAACUGUGAAGGACGGGACAAAAUUGGGGUUUUUGGGGGAAAAAUUUUGAAACAGUCAAAAAAAGCAAUUCAAAGAUCAGAAAAUUAGAUACCAAUAUUUUUCUUGUUAUUUUUUUGAAACAGUGAAAAAUUCGGGUUUUUUUUAGAAUUUAAAAAAAAAUAUUUUUGAACUGCUAAAUGUAAAUAUUUUUCUGGAAUUCAAUUUCAGUUUUACAAUAUUUUUGAAACAGUGAAUUUUUUAGGAUAUCUUUUUUUUCAAAUUUUGUACGAUAAAUUUGCUUCGUCAAAUCAAAAAUUUGAAAAACUGAAAAUUUUAUUGUUAAUUUUUUGAAACAGUUAAUUUUUCUUAUUUUUCAAAAUUACACUUCGCUUCAAAAUAAUCAAUAAUUUUAAGAAAAUUCAAAUUUAGUUUCACAAAAUAUUUGAAACAGUGAAUUUUUCAGGAAGAUAUAUAUUUUUGCUAAUUUUGCACGGUACUUAAAUUGUGGAAUCAAAAAUUUGAAAAUCAAAAUUUCUUUUGUUAAUUUUUUGAAACAGUGAAAUUUUCUUAUUUUUCAAAUUUUAACUCAAUUUUAUGAGCUGCAAAAAAUUCUUAUAACAUUUUAAAAACUUCAAUUCAAGUUACGAAUAAUUUUUGAAACAGUGAAUUUUUUUAGGAAGAUAUUUAUUUUUGCUAAUUUUGCUCUUCAAAUCAAAAAUAUGGAAACUGAAAAUUUUCUUGUUAAUUUUUUGAAACAGUGAAAUUUUCCUAUUUUUCCAAAUUAUACUUUGCUUCAAAAAAUCAAAAAUAUUAAGAUAAUUCAAACUUAGUUUCACAAAAAUAUUGAAACAGUGAACUUUUACGAGGAUUUUUUUUGUUGCAUUUUUUGCUUGAUCAAUCGUCGAAUCAAAGAUUCGAAAACUCUUGUUAAUUUUUUGAAACAGUGAAUUUUUCAUGACUUCAAAUAUUAACUGAAUUCUAUAAGCUGAAAUAAUUCCUGUAACAUUUUAAAAACAUCAAUUCAAGUUACGAAUAAUUUUUGAAACAGUGAAUUUUUGAAACAGUGAAUAAUUUUUCGUAAUAUCAAAAAUUUGAAAACUGAAAAUUUUUCUUGUUAAUUUUUUGAAACAGUGAAAUUUUCUUAUUUUUCCAAAUUACUCUUCGCUUCAAAAUAAUCAAUAAUUUUAAGAGAAUUCAAAUUUAGUUUUACAAAAACUUUGAAACAGUGAAUAAUUUUUAACGAAGAUUCAUUAUUUUUGCGAAUUAGAAUCAAUUUUGUAUCAAAAAUUUGAAAACGGAAAUUUCUCUUGUUAAUUUUUUGAAACAGUGAAAUUUUCUUUUUUUUUCCAAAUUACACUACCUAUGUUUCAAAACUUUAUUAAAUUUGAGAAAAUUCAAAUUUAGUUUUACAAAAACUUUGAAACAGUGAAUUUUUCCUGAUUUAAAUUUUGACCCAUUUUUCAAAAUCUCAAUCUUGAUAACCCCAAAAUAAUUUAUUUUCGGAGAAUUGAUAACAUAUUUUGGCGCCGGGAAAAUUUUUUUUUUCAAAUCCCUUUCCUUUCAUUUUUUUCCCGCCACAAAAACAAAUAUUUUCAAAAGUUGUUUUGUAAAAGUUCUUCGAAUUCAAUGUCAUCCGGAUUAUUUUUCGUUCUCACAAUCAGAAAAGAAGAAAAAGAAAAGGAUCUUAAGAUCGACCUCGACGCAAAGCUCUCCCGCUGCGCAAAAACCUUUUUGACGGACUGUGAAUAAUUUGCGGAAAAUUAUAUAUUUUUGGAAGGGAAUUGGAAGACGAACAGGGAACUUUUAUCAUUGAAAUAAUGAAAAUUAUUUGAAACAGUGGAUUUUUCUGUGGAAAAUGGAGUUUUGAAUGAAAAAACUUUGAAACCUCCAAAAAUAUGAGGAAAUUUUGAAACAGUGAAAAAUUUCAGUUCAGAAAGCUGAAUUUUCUUCAUAAAUUUUUGAAACCUAAAAAAUCCUGGGAUAAAAAUUUAUGAAGAAGGAGUUCAAAAAUUUCCUGAAACCGUGGAUUUUAAAUUUUCAAAUUAUUUUUUUUGAUUGAAAUUUGUAGAGGUUUAACAGAAAAUUAAAACCCACCAAAAAUAUAAGAAAAUUUUGAAACAGUGAAAAAUUUCAGUUUAGAAAAAUGGAUUCCUAUUAUUAUCAAAAUAUUUCUCGUGCUGAAUUUUCUUCAAAAAUUUUUGAAACGUAAAAAAUUCCGGGGAAAUUUUGAGAGUUCAAAAUUUUUCUGAAACAGUGGAUUUUUUAAUUUUCAAAUUAUUUUUUUUAGGUUAAGCUUGUAAACCUUUAACAGAAAAUUAAAACCCACCAAAAAUAUAAGAAAAUUUUGAAACAGUGAAAAAUUUCAGUUCAGAAAAAAUUAUGCCAAUUAUAUCAAAAUAUUUCUCAUGCUGAAUUUUCUUUAUAAAUUUUUGAAACGUAAAAAUUCCGGGAAAAAUUUGAGAGUUCAAAAAUUUCCUGAAACAGUGGAUUUUUAAUUUUCAAAUUAUUUUUUUUUUGAUUGAAAUUUGUAGAGGUUUAACAGAAAAUUAAAACCUACAAAAAAUAUAAGAAAAUUUUGAAACAGUGAAAAAUUUCAGUUCAGAAAAAAUUAUGCCAAUCGUAACAAAAUAUUUCUCAUGUUGAAUUUUCUUCAUAAAUUUUUGAAACGUAAAAAAUCCUGGGAUAUUUUGAGAGUUCAAAAAUUUCCUGAAACAGUGGAUUUUUUAAUUUUCAAAUUUUUUUUUGUCGAACAGAAAGUUAAAACCCACAAAAAACAUGAGAAAUUUUUGAAACAGUGAAAAAUUUCAGUUUAGAAAAAUGGAUUCCUGAUAUUAUCAAAAUAUUUCUCAUGCUGAAUUUUUUUCAUAAAUUUUGGAAACGUAAAAAAUCCUGGGAUAAAAAUUUAUGAAGAAGGAGUUCAAAAAUAUACUGAAACCGUGGAUUUUUAAAUUUUCAAAUUAUUUUUUUUGAUUGAAACUUGUAGAGGUUUAACAGAAAAUUAAAACCCACCAAAAAUAUAAGAAAAUUUUGAAACAGUGAAAAAUUUCAGUUUAGAAAAAUGGAUUCCUGAUAUUAUCGAAAAAUUUCUUAUGCUGAAUUUUCUUUAUAAAUUUUUGAAACGUAAAAAAUCCUGGGAUAAAAAUUUAUGAAGAAGGAGUUCAAAAAUAUACUGAAACCGUGGAUUUUUAAAUUUUCAAAUUAUUUUUUUUGAUUGAAACUUGUAGAGGUUUAACAGAAAAUUAAAACCCACCAAAAAUAUAAGAAAAUUUUGAAACAGUGAAAAAUUUCAGUUUAGAAAAAUGGAUUCCUGAUAUUAUCGAAAAAUUUCUUAUGCUGAAUUUUCUUUAUAAAUUUUUGAAACGUAAAAAAUCCUGGGAUAAAAAUUUAUGAAGAAGGAGUUCAAAAAUUUUCUGAAACAGUGGAUUUUUAAUUUUCAAAUGAUUUUUUUUUAUUGAAAUUUAUAGAGGUUUAACAGAAAAUUAAAACCGAUAAAAAAUAUGAGAAAAUUUUGAAACAGUGAAAAAUUUCAGUUUAGAAAAAUGGAUUCCUAUUAUUAUCAAAAUAUUUCUCAUGCUGAAUCUUCUUCAUAAAUUUUUUGAAACGUAAAAAAUUCGGGAUAAAUUUUGGGAGUUCAAAAAUUUCCUGAAACAGUAGAUUUUUUAAUUUUCAAAAUGAAAUUUUCGAUUUAACCAAGUAACAGAAAAUUAAAACCGAUGAAAAAUUUGAGAAAUUUUUGAAACAGUGAAAAAUUUCAGUUUAGAAAAAUGGAUUCCUGAUAUUAUCAAAAAAUUUCUUAUGUUGAAUUUUUCUUCAAAAAUUUUUGAAACCUAAAAAUUCCGGGAGAAUUUUGAGCGUUCAAAAAUUUCCUGAAACAGUGGAUUUUUAAUUUUCAAAAUGAAAUUUUCGAUUUAACCAAGUAACAGAAAAUUAAAACCGAUGAAAAAUUUGAGAAAUUUUUGAAACAGUGAAAAAUUUCAGUUUAGAAAAAUGGAUUCCUGAUAUUAUCAAAAUAUUUCUCAUGCUGAAUUUUCUUCAAAAAUUUUUGAAACGUAAAAAUUCCGGGAAAAAUUUGAGCGUUCAAAAAUUUCCUGAAACAGUGGAUUUUUAAUUUUCAAAAUUAUUUUUUCGAUUUAUUUUAAGAACCAGUAAAAGAAAUUUGAAAAUAAAAAAAAAUAUAUAAGAAAUUUUUGAAACAGUGAAAAAUUUCACCAGUUCAGCAAUCAAAACCUUCAAAAAAAUAUAAGAAAUUUUUGAAACAGUAAAUUUUUUUGUUACAGAUAGUAUGCUGUAUAACCGGCCUGUUCGGAGCCAUCCAAAAACGUCGUUGUCUUCUCUACGCUCUCCUAAUUUCCAACGCUAUCUCAAUCUCACAAAACACCCUAAUAAUCCUGUGGUAUUUGGGAGUUUUCGGCGAAAUUUCGCGGCCUGUUUUGUCAGCCGGACUACCCUAUUCUUUUUCGUUUUUCUUGCGAUUUACCCCAAAUUGUCAAUCACAUUUUGAUUUGAAACGGUGAGUUUUUAAAGGCACAUACCGUAUAAUUUUUCCUUUCCAUCGUUUCAGGACCAUUUGGGUGCAACACACUUGCCUGGUCCCAUUUUAUUCAAUCGAAGCUUCUCAAGCAAUUCUACACAUACUUUUAGCCAUCGCAACCAGCACUUUUAGUAUUUUGGCACUUAUCGAAAAUCGAAAAUUGAAAAAGAGCUCGACUAAUCUGAGCAAUCAUUAUGCGCAUAUUAAUCCGCUGCCGAAUUCGAAUUCUACAAAAGCGGUGGGAGUUGCGCCAAGUCUAGCGAGUUCUUCGAAUUAUGAUGAGCUUGUGAGAAGUCAGGCAUCCUCGAGUAAGAAGAGACGAGCUAUGGUGGGUUAGAGACGGAGAGGGAGCAGAGAAACCAUACAAAAAUACGAUUUUUCAGCCAGCCCCUGAUGUUUCACCGUGUUCUCCGAAUCAAAAUAAAUCUUCUGAAGAUGAUGAACAUGAUGUUUAUACGAAACCGAUCAAAAAACGAUCUUUUUCGUCGAAUUCUAGCCAACAUGAGGUGGGUUAGAGACGCAGAGAGUUAGAUAGGAUAUUUUGAAGAAACGAAAAAUUCACUGUUUCAAAUUUUUCUCAUAAUUUUUGCGGGGUUUUAAAUUUUUUAUUCUUGAACGAAACCUUGAGGAAUUGAAAUGCGAAAUCAAUUUUCAGAAAUUUGAAAAUUUCAGUCUGAAAUUAUAGUUCGGAAGUUGAUUCAAUAUUAAAUUUCCUAGCCAAAAAAUUUUUUCGAAUUAAAAAAAAAAUAAAAAUUUUCCAAAAAAAUUACUGUUUCAAAUUUUUCUCAUAAUUUCUGCAGGGUUUUGAUUUUUGUUGUGUCGGAGUUCAAAAUACAAAAUUUCAGUUUUUUUGUGAAAAUUCUAAUUUCAAUAAAUUAUUUCAGUCCGAAAUUCAUUUACAGAGAUUCAACUGAAAUUCCUAGCCAUAUUUAGGAAAAACAAUUUCAGCCUAAAGCUUUUCAAUAUUUUUUUCCAAAAAAAUUUACUGUUUCAAAAUUUUCCUCAAAUUUUUUGAAAAUUUUGAUUUUACGUUUGAAAUAUGAUCAUAAACCUAAAAUUUUAUGUUAAAAAUUACCUAGGAUUUUUUUUCAAAAAAAAAUCUACUGUUUCAAAAUUAUAUGAAAAAAAAAAUAUGAAAAAAAAUGAAUUGCUAGUUCCCAGAUAAAACCCAAUGAAAAAAUUGUUGUCGAAAAUUUUCAAAAUUUUUAUUCCAAAAAAAAAUCUACUGUUUCAAAAUUUUCCUUAAUUUUCUUGAAAAUUUUGAUUUUACGCUUGCGCCAUAUUCAGAAACUCAAAGUUUUACGUUGAAAAUUAAAUAAAAAUUUACUGUUUCAAAUUUUUCUCAUAAUUUUUGCAGGGUUUUAAUUCUUUGAUUUUCGUAUAGAAUCUUGCAGAAUUUCAAUGCAAAAUCAAUUUUUCAGAAAUUUGAAAAUUUCAGUCUGAAAUUAUAGUUCGGAAGUUGAUUCAAUAUUAAAUUUCCUAGCCAAAAAAAUUUUUUGAAUUGAAAAAAAAAAUAAAAAUUUUCCGAAAAAUUUACUGUUUCCACAAUUUUCGUUAACUCAUACUCACGAUGUUUCAGUCUGAAGUUGAAAUUCCAGAAUUUCUAAUUUUCAUCUGAAUCUCCCAGCCAAAAAAAAAUAAUGAGAAAAAAGUUUCUAUCGAAAAUUUUCAAAAUAUUUUUUUUCCAAAAAAUUCACUGUUUCAAAAUUUCCUCAUAAUUUUUGCAGGGUUUUGAUUUUUGUUGUGUUGGAGUUCAAAACACAAAAUUUCAGUUUUUUUGUGAAAAUUCUAAUUUCAAUAAAUUAUUUCAGUCUGAAAUUCAUUUACAGAGAUUCAACUGAAAUUCCUAGCCAUAUUUAGGAAAAACAAUUUCAGCCUAAAGCUUUUCAAUAUUUUUUCCAAAAUAAUUUACUGUUUCAAAAUUUUCCUUUUUUCUUGAAAAUUCUUACGUUUGAUACAUGGUCAGGAAAUUUUGAGACUAACCAAAUGUUUCAAAAAAAAAAUCUACUGUUUCAAAAUUUUCUGAAAUAUGACAAAAAAAUUAAAUUUUUGUUCCUUUAUAAAAAUCAACGAAAAAAAUUGUUGUCGAAAAUUUUCAAAAUAUUUUUUCCAAAAAAAAUCUACUGUUUCAAAAUUUCCUUAAUUUUUUUUGAAAAUUUUGAUUUUACGUUUGAAUCGCAGCAUAAUAUUUUACGUUAAAAAUUACUUAGGAUUUUUUUCGAAAAAAAAUCUACUGUUUCAAAAUUUUUUGAAAUAUGAAAAAAAAAAUAAUUUUUAGUUCCAUAAUAAAUUGAUUAAUUGCGACUUUGAGACGAAAAUUUUCAAAAUUUUUAAUUCCUAAAAAAUCUACUGUUUCAAAAUUUUCUGAAAUGUGAAGAAAAAAAUUUUGAAGUAAUCAUGGGAAAUUUAUAAAGAUUUUCACAUCAAAAAAUUAUCCACCAAAAAAAAAUCCACAAUUUUUUACAGAUGUUCAAUCUACCGCUCCCACAUCAACCAACUUCUUCCCAACUCCCCCAAAAUCUCACAAAUCUCGUCUCAUUCGAUCCAAAAUCCACAACAAUUCUGCGAAUUCGUCAACAUCUCGAAGAAGAUCGCAACGAUACUCCAGACAGAUUAUACGAGCAAUUGAGAUCAGUGAAUUCGGAAAGCCCUCCAGCUUCAACAAUUCCCCUGAGCUCCUCAUAUCGAGGGAGAAAUGCGAGUCAGGAUUCAGUUCCUUCGAUGUUUGCACCAAUGUUAUUCAAUUCACCAACACCAACAAGCAGUUCGAAUUCAUCGAAUUCUUCAACUUCUGGUGGAACUGUCAUUCUGAACUCGAAAAAGAAUCGGAGCUCGACGAGCUCCAAAAAAUUGAAAUCCCUGGUUUCGCCAGGAAUCCGAUUAUCUGAUCAAAUUGGAGCCAGUUCCGCUUAUAAAUCAGCAUUCCGUGUACAAAACACUGAUAAUCAUCGAAAAAUAAUUGGACAUUAUCACGCGCCAAAUGAGAUUCCGCUCUCAUCAGCUGCACCGUCUACUGUGGAUUCGGCGGAUAAUUAUCCGGUUUUGACUGGGGGAGAUUUAUUGGUGUGA